AUGAAAGGUGAGUAUUACCAUGCUAGCCUUGGUGAACAAGUACACUUCAGUAUUAUUUGUGGAUACAACUUGAUAAAAAUAUGCGGAUAUGCCUAUAUGAAUGUUUAUUCGAUCGUUCCUUACUUAUUUGUGAAAUUCAAAAAGAUAUGCUGUGAUGUGCUUGUGACAAUACAUAUGUAUUUCUACUAUGCGAAAAUACCAGUUCGCAUUCAUUUUUAUCGAGCAACCAACAUUAUUCAUGCAGCAAUGAUCGCUAGUUGGUAUGGUAACGGCAGUGUGGUGGUGGUUGUGGUAGUGGUGGUGAUGGUGGUGGUG